CCGAACGUCAGGAACUACCCACUGCGCAUGCUCACUACCUCGGUGUGUUCGGUUCGGUUCGCUGGAGCUCUGCCGCCGUCAGUAGGUGACCGUGCGUCCUUCCGGUUCGGAUCCUCGCUGAGACAGACCGGGCGUCACGCCCCCCCACCGUCCAGCACGCGCACCGCAUAGGAGCCCCCCCCCCGCCACGGUGACAUGACAGCGGCGGAGCACCGUUCGGUCCGCUGACCCACCUCCGCUCCCGGUAACCGACGCAGCCCCCCCGUGCGCGCUUUCGCCGCCGGCCGCCCAGCCUGUGCUGGGAGCGCGCGGCCCGGGAGCGCGCAGCCGCCAUGCCCUCCGCCCGGUCCUCCGCUAGCUGCUAGCCGCGGAGCUAACGGUUAGCCGAGGAUGGUGGCGGCGGUCCCGGAGGAUCCCGGACGUCGUGAGGCCCCCGGCUUCAGCCGCGCAGCCGGACCCGCAGAGCCGCGCACGGAGUUAGCGCCAAACGGAGCCGCGUGCGUGUGAGCAUGCAGGCGGGCCAGCUGCAGUUCGAUUUCUGCAGCGAGGACAACGCGCCGCGGUGGAGAGGCCUGCUGGUGCCCUCCCUGGAGAAGGUACUGAACCAGGUACACCCCAAUCUGAAGUCCCAGCAGGAGGCGCUGCAGUACAUCGAGGAGCUGAUCCUGCUGCUGCUCAGCAUGCUGUGUCAGGCUCAGCCUCGCACAGUGCAGGACGUCGAGGAGAGGGUCCAGAAGAGUUUCCCUUAUCCCAUCGACAAGUGGGCAAUUGCAGAUGCUCAGGCGGCCAUCGAGAAAAGGAAGAGAAGGAACCCUCUGUCUCUGCCGGUUGAUAAGAUCCACCCCCUGCUGAAGGAGGUUCUGGGCUAUAAGAUUGAGCACCAGGUGUCCGUGUACAUGGUAGCUGUGUUGGAGUACAUCUCUGCUGACAUCCUAAAACUUGCUGGAAACUAUGUAAGAAAUAUCCGCCAUUAUGACAUCACCAAGCAGGACAUCACUGUGGCCAUGUGUGCUGACAAGGUGUUGAUGGACAUGUUCCACCAGGAUGAAGAAGACACCACCGGCUUCCCUUUGAUUGACGAGGAGCCCUCAGCCAGUGAGGAUCAGAGUUACCAUGAGCUUGUGCGGAGCUUCCUGGCAGAUGGCCGACAAUACCUGAGACAGCUCAACCUGAUCAUCAAAGUCUUCAGGGAGCCUCUGAGCUCCUGCCCGAUGCUCUUCUCACAGCACGAGGUGGACAGCAUCUUCAGUCGAAUCUUGGACAUCCACGAGGUGACGAUGAAACUGCUGGGUCUGAUCGAAGACGCCGUGGAGAUGACAGAUGAAGGUAGCCCUCAUCCUUUGGUGGGGAGCUGUUUUGAAGACCUGGCUGAGGAGCUGGCCUUCGACCCGUACGAGACCUACACACAGGAUGUUCUUCGUUCAGGGUUUCAAGAACACUUCUCAAGCCAGGUGUCAAAACCCGGAGCCGCCUUAUACCUCCAGUCCAUCUGUGAAGGUUUUAAGGAGGCUGUUCAGUAUGUUCUUCCCCGACUGCUCCUCACGCCGGUCUACCACUGUCUGCAUCUGUUCGAGAUCCUUAAGCAACUGGAGGAGAAGAGUGAGGAUGAGGAGGAUAAGGAGUGCCUGAAGCAGGCCAUCACAGCUCUGCUGAACCUGCAGAGCAGCAUGGAGAGGAUCUGCUCCAGGAACCUGGCCAAGAGGAGACUCAGUGAGACGGCGUGCCGCCUCUACAGCCACCAGGUGAAGGGGAAGCACCUGGCCAUCAAGAAAAUGAAUGAGAUCCAGAAGAACAUCGACGGCUGGGAGGGGAAGGACAUCGGCCAGAGCUGCAACGAGUUCAUCAUGGAGGGCACGCUGACGCGCGUGGGCGCCAAACACGAACGCCACAUCUUUCUGUUCGAUGGCCUGAUGGUCUGCUGCAAGUCCAACCACGGCCCGCCCCGCCUGCCCGGCACCGGCUCCACCGCAGAGUACCGGCUCAAAGAGAAGUUCUUCAUGCGCAAGAUCCAGAUCAACGACAAGGACGACAAGGAGGGCGAGUACCGGCACGCCUUCGAGAUCAUCCUGAAGGACGGCAACAGCGUGGUGUUCGCCGCCAAGUCCGCCGAGGAGAAAAACAGCUGGAUGGCGGCGCUGGUGUCGCUUCAGUACCGCAGCACACUGGAGCGCAUGCUGGACUCCGCCAUGAUGACGGAGGACAAGCAGGAGCAGGUGAGGCUGCCGGGAGCUCAGGAGUACCGCUUCGCCGAGCCGGACUCCGAGGAGAACGUGGUGUUCGAGGAGAACGUCCAGUCCAGGUCUGGAAUCCCCAUCGUCAAGGCGGGAACAGUCCUGAAACUGAUCGAACGGCUGACGUUCCACAUGUACGCAGACCCAAACUUCGUCCGGACAUUUCUGACCACCUACAGGUCGUUCUGUAAGCCCCAGGAGCUGCUGGACCUGCUGAUUGAACGGUUUGAGAUCCCAGAACCCAGACCGGCAGAGGCGGAUCAGACGGACGGAGGGGAUCAGCUGCUCAGCAACGAAGUGAAACGCUUCCGGAAAGAGUUUGUUCAGCCAGUCCAGCUCAGAGUGCUGAACGUUUGCCGCCACUGGGUGGAGCAUCACUUCUACGACUUUGAGAGGGACCCCCACCUGCUGGGUCAGCUGGAGGACUUCAUAGCUUCAGUCAGAGGUAAAGCUAUGAGGAAGUGGGUGGAGUCCAUCACAAAGAUCAUCCAGAGGAAGAAGCAGGUCCAGGUGAGCGUGCCGAGCCACAGCAUCACCUUCCAGAACUCGCCCCCCCCCAUCGAGUGGCACAUCUGCAAGCCGGGAAACUCGGAGCAGUUUGACCUCAUGACCCUGCACCCCAUCGAGAUCGCCCGCCAGCUCACGCUGCUGGAGUCGGACUUCUACAGGGCCGUGCAGCCCUCGGAGCUGGUGGGCAGCGUCUGGACCAAGGAGGACAAGGAGAUCCACUCCCCCAACCUGCUGAGGAUGAUCCGCCACACCACCAACCUCACUCUGUGGCUGGAAAAGUGCAUCUUAGAGGCCGAGAACCUGGAGGAGCGGGUCGCUGUGGUCUCCCGCAUCAUCGAGGUCCUGCAGGUCUUUCAGGAACUCAACAACUUCAACGGCGUUCUGGAAGUGGUCAGCGCCAUGAACUCGUCCCCCGUGUACCGACUGGACCACACCUUUGAGCAAAUCCCGAGUCGUCAGAGGAGGAUCCUGGAGGAGGCCCACGAGCUGAGUGAAGACCACUACAAGAAGUACCUGAUGAAACUGCGCUCCAUCAACCCCCCCUGCGUCCCCUUCUUUGGUAUCUACCUAACCAACAUCCUGAAAACAGAGGAAGGAAACCCCGACUUCCUGCGCAGACACGGCAAGGACCUUAUCAACUUCAGCAAGAGGAGGAAGGUGGCCGAGAUCACCGGAGAGAUCCAACAGUACCAGAACCAGCCGUACUGCCUGAGGGUGGAGGUCGACAUCAGGAAGUUCUUUGAGAACCUGAACCCGAUGGGGGACCUGUCGGAGAAGGACUUUGCAGACUAUCUCUUCAACAAGUCUUUAGAGAUUGAACCUCGGAACACUCGAUCCCUACCUCGAUUUGCCAAGAGGUACACCUGUCCUCUGAAGAGUCCAGGGAUCCGGCCCAGCUCCAACAGGCCCGGGACCAUGAGACACCCCACACCUCUGCAGAACGAGCCCAGGAAGAUUAGUUACAGCCGCAUACCUGACAGCGAGGCGGAAGGCGGGGCAGUCUCAGCGCCAAACUCCCCCCGGACCCCCCUGACUCCGCCCCCAGCAUCAGCUGCUUCCAGCUCCACAGAUGUGGGGAGCGUCUUUGACUCGCCUCAGGGGCCCAGCAGCCCCUUCCAUUCCACCUGCGACAGCAUCUUCGCUGUCAUCUCUCUGCCUCGCGGCCCACGGUCCUCAUCCGUGUCCUCUAUAGUCAGCUUCAGUCGGGGAGUGGAGGACGUCCCGGUGCCCCCCCCAGUCCCCCCGCGCAGACGUCCGGAGUCGGCGCCUUCGGAGUCGUCGCCCUCUAAGGGGGUAUCAAAGUUGGAGAGCCCCCCCG